UCACAUUGCCGAAGCCACAUACUCCAAGUGCUGUUCCACUGUUUACUGGCAGAGAAUUUGAAAUUGAAGAAAUAACAAACUUCAUGACUGACAAAUUAACACGACUGUUAAACAUCUGGGGAUCUCCUGGAUUUGGUAAAACAUCCACAGCUAUUGAAGUAGCACAUCGCCUUUUGUUUCUCGAGUAUCCUGUUUAUUUUUUUAAAUUGCAAGGUAUAACAUCAGUAGACGAAUUACUCUCACAAAUCUUAAGUAUUUUUAAGAGUUCCUUAGCAGAUCUUAGUCUAACACCUGUAGACAGGCUAGUAAGUAUUUUUAGAGAAAUUUCAUGUCCAAUUUUUCUAAUAUUUGAUAAUCUUGAUGAUAUUCUUUCGCAUGUAACUGAUGCUGUGACGAGACUCUUUCGCAUAUUUGAUAAAUUUUUAGAUAGUAAUAGUAACAUAAAUAUACUAUUUACAACAAGGGAGCUUUUAGCAACAAUGCGCGAUCAGGUAGAAGGAUUUCAAGACGUAAGAAUUCGACCUCUUAGUCCUGCCUCGUCUGUUGAAUAUGCACGCCAACUUCUCCCUUCACUUUCGGAUAGUGUUGUUGCUAAGGUGGCCAGAAUUUCUUCCCAUGUUCCUCUGGCAAUGAAACUCGUUGCUUCGUUAGUUGAAAAUAACUCUGAAGAGAUGGCGAAUAAUAUACUUGAGGAAUUAAAUCUUUCUGAAAAUCUUUUAGAGCAGUUGGAUAGUCCAUACGAGAAAAAGAUGCAAACGUUAUUCGACACUCCUUUUGAGCAGCUGGCAUUAAAUGACAAACAUGCGCUGAUUUCAUUAACCGUAUUUUCAUCUGCUACAGUGAGUAAAGAUGCUGCGAUUGACGUUGUUUCUGGAGAAACGGGAGUUAAACUGGAAGCUGUACGAAGCCUCAAAACACUUGUGAAGAAAUCGUUAAUUGAUGAAGAUCCCAACGGAAAAUAUUACUCUAUUCAUCCCCUCAUUUAUUCUUUUCUCGUGGAUAAAGCAAAACGAAGUGAUUUUGAAAACGCUUUCAAGUCCUCUAGAAUUCGCUUUUGUAGGUAUUACUUGCUUCUUUUUGAGAGGUUAAAUGACGAUUUUCUUUCUGGAAAGUCGGUGGACAGUCCUCAACUGCAAGACACAUUGGUAUAUCUAUCAACUGCCAUAUAUGAAUCUAUCACAAAUGAUCUCGAAAAUUCUCAAGAUCUUUUUCGCAUCCUAUCAAAAUCUGAAAUAUUCUUAUUUUUAAUUGGUAUUCCCUUCGGUAGAUCACUGGAUAUACUAGAUAUUCAUAAAGUGUAUGAUUUAGCUGUUGAAACAUGCAGCACCCAAUACACUUACUCCACGUACCUGAAGUUGCAUGUCAGCAAAUAUUUUCAAGCUAUUGCCAAAACCGACUCUUUCUUGUCUGCACAUUCAGACAUACCGGAAGAUGUACGUAAAGACGUCAUGUUGUUAACGGAUGGUAGUGCGGCAAAACUAGGUUGCUAUGAAGGCAUUCUCCGUAUUUUGAAAGGAAAUGUCAAGGCAGGUGUUCAACUUAUUGAAAAACAUCUUGAUGGUUUACAAAAAUGUGCUGAUCAACAACUUAUAAAAUGCUUGUGCCUGCAGCUUCUUGCCCUCUUUUAUUCUGAUUUGAAAGAAUAUAGCAAAUCGAGCAACUUCAGUAGAAAAGCUAUCGAGGUUUGUGCAGAAGUUGAUAAUUGCAGUCUGUUUCUAAUUCGUGAUUAUGACCAAACUUGUUCUGUGACGGCGAAAAACGAUCCAG